CUCCGACAGGAAUAGUUACCAAACACAUCAGAACGUAGACGACAUCAGGAGGAUAUGUUCAAUCAGCUCCAUGUUCAGCUAUGAUUGGCUGGGGACACUCUACUUUCAAAUUGAUUCGCACCCUUUAUCCUGGCCUUCCGUUGAGCACCUACUCUGCUUCACACUGGUCUAAAAGAACCAUGUCCAUCGACAUCGGGGGCAUGCGAAAACCCUAUUUGGACCAGUCCGCCACUUUUGACACGACAGAUUUAGUGGCUCAAGAGCCUUGGGGCCAGUUUCAGGCCUGGUUCGACCAAGCCAAGGCCUGUUCGGCAAUCGAGGAGGCCAAUGCCAUGUGCUUGGCCACGGCCUCCAAAUCGGGGGUGCCGUCAGCCCGUAUGGUGCUUUUGAAGGCUUUUGGACCCGAAGGGUUCGUGUUCUACACCAAUUACGAGAGUCGCAAAGCGAAGGAUUUGAGCGAAAACCCGCAAGCCGCCCUCACCUUCUAUUGGGAGCCUUUGAAACGCUCGAUUCGCGUGGAAGGCUCGGUGGCCAAGGUCAGUGAGGCCACUUCUACGGAGUACUUCCGCACGCGGCCUUUGGGCUCGCAAAUCGGCGCAGCUGUAAGCCAUCAGAGUCGAGUCAUUGCCGGUAGACAAGAACUGGAAAAUCGGGAGGCCCAACUCAAGGCCGAAUUUGGGGAUGGGUCAAAGGUUUUGGACAAACCCGAGGCUUGGGGCGGGUUCUUGGUCACGCCCGUGUCCAUGGAGUUUUGGCAAGGUCAGUCGACUCGCUUGCACGACCGCAUUCGCUUUCGACGCCCGGCUCCGGAUGAGAAACCCGACCCGAGCAUCACGCAUAUCGGCACGGACGGAUGGGUCUAUGAGCGAUUGGCACCCUGAUGAGAUCCAUCCAUGAUUUAUCACAUAAAUUGAGGUCCCCUUGGAAUUGGCCCAACCUCUGCCACAUUAUGACACUUUUAUCUGCCGUUUUUUUGGCAUAAAAUAGAUCUAAACAAUUAAGAGUACCUUGAUAAGGAUAAAAAAGUAUGGAAGUUUAUUAGCUCGAUCAAGCUAUUAAGCCUGAAGAAAAUCACGAAGCCAUAACGUAAAAAAAAAUGUUUUUUAAUUGCAAAAGGGUUUAUGUCAGCAAACCAACCAAUGGAGAAAUAAGUUACGCAAAUACAAAAAUAUAUCUAACAAUUGAAAAUGGAAUGCCGAGCUAUGCAAGACGGCUGAAUGAAAUAUUCAUGCUAACAUUUCGCAUCAUAUUUGCGGCCUUCUUUGUAUCUUCACAUCGAGCACUUAUUUACAAAAUAUACUGAAUAUACUGAAUCACGAAACGUGAUCUAUUCGUGCAGAAAUGGUAAAAAUUGCGGAUGAAAAAGCUAAAAUUUGCAGAUCCAAGCCAAUUGUAAAAGACAUAAUGGCAUACGCAUUGUUUCGCAAAAUUUACAGGAUACAAAUUUUGGCCUGCCCUAGCCAUGAUUGAUGUUAUCAAUCGGCUUGUGCCGACUAAUAAUAAAACAGAGCCGUAUUGCUCGAUUGGUUUAGUCAUCUAGGUUUGACCUGGAAAUUUCGAACAGGGAUCAAAUUCUGUAGCACUGGUUUGAAAUCAAUCCCACAAGCAGAUUGAUCCCACCAAUACUAGUUAUGUUCUUAACAUUUAUGUUUCGAAUUAAACUGUAACUAAACAAUAUCAAGAACCUGUGGAUUGACCGAG